AUGGCUACGCAAACAAUUCCAGAGGCGCUGACUGCUCCCGCGCAACGAUUUGGCAAUGCGCCACCAUUCCCAGAGGACGUCCCAACGGCUCCUUUACUACGCUUGUCGUUGGCCAAACUAAUCGAGCGCGAUGCCGAUGAAAUCCAUCGAUUUCAACGUGCAUGCGAGGACCUUGGCUUCUUCUAUCUAGAUCUGUCAGGCCCUGGCGAUUCCCUGCUCGCCGACGCAGACCAGCUUUUCAAAGUCGGCGAGCAAUUGUUUGAUCUGCCUGUUGAGGAGAAACAAAAGUACGACUUCAUGCACAAGAAUUCCUACUUCGGAUAUAAAGGCUUCGGAGCGAAUGUGGUCGACAGAAAAGGCAAUCUAGACCGAAAUGAAUUCUACAAUGUAUCGAAAGACGAUAUGUACGGACUAUCAGACCAGUGGCCAGCUCCCGAUGUUCUCAGCUCAAGACGCCCUCUUCUAAAAUCCUUCAUCGGACAAGCGCAUGGCAUUGUCACGCUCGUCCUAGAACUGCUCAACGAGCAUCUCCGUCUGCCUCCGAACACAUUGCAAGAUAUGCACCGUCUGGAAGGCCACUCUGGGGACCAAAUUCGCUUCAUCAAGGCCCCACCACAGCCAGUCAACGAUCGAAGGACAGCACUGGGCGAGCACACCGAUUUCGGCAGCGUGACCGUUCUGUUCAACCGCCUGGGUGGACUGCAGGUUCUGCCUCCAGGCCGCGACGCAGAGUGGUGUUAUGUCAAGCCUCUGCCCCACCACGCCAUCAUCAAUCUAGGUGAUGCUAUGGUCAAGUUCACCAACGGCCUCUUGCGAUCGAACAUCCACCGUGUUAUGGCGCCACCUGGUGAGCAAGCAGAUUAUACGCGGUACUCGCUUGUCUACUUCAAUCGACCUGAGAACGAUGUCAUGCUGAAGAGACUGGAUACUAGCGAGUUGAUUCCGCCAUUGGAUGAGGAUGAGGUAGAAGAGGAGAUCAACAGCAAGGACUGGAUCAUCAGGCGUGCUCUAGGGCACAGGCAUGCCAUUUACGGUGACAAGGCCUUUGACUUCGACAGGACUAGGGGCACAGAGGCCAAGAGUCAAAGAGCGUACCUUUAA